AUGAUUCACCUGCUUUCUAUUGUCUAUACAUUUUAAAAUAGAAGCUAUUUUGUGCACGACAGAAUUCCUUUAGUGUCUGAAAUGGCCCUGGCAAGUGGACACUGGGUUGAAAAGGAGACUGCAGGAAUGCCACCCAGUCCGAGAGCUGGUCAUGCGAUUGCCGUAGCAGGAAAUAUCGCUUUCUUACAUGGUGGCGUUUCACACAUGAACUUCGAGGAAACACAACCUGAAUAUUUCAAUGAUUUUUACAUGAUUACAGUUUCCCCUUCCUGUAUAACCUGGGAGAUGAUGCCUCAGAAUGGAGUCGUACCAACUGUGAGAGAAGGCCACACACUUUGUGUUGUCAAAGGGAAACUGUACUUAUUUGGAGGCUCCUGCAAUCCUGAAGCAAAUGAAUGCCUUCCAGGUGUCUAUUGCUUUGACGUCGUUACACUGAGAUGGGAGAAGCUGGACACCGGAGGCAUGGCGCUGAAGACUCUCAGACACAGCUCAGCAGCUUUAGGGGAUAAUAUCUAUGUUUAUGGAGGAAUUCUGGAUGGAACACCAAAAGACGACCUGAUGAUGUUCAACACAGUGUCAAUGUUCUGGACACCUAUCAAAACAAGUGGGACUCCGCCAUCUGCAAGAUAUAACCACACGUGUGCUGUAGUCAAUGAGCAGAUCUUCUUGUUUGGGGGAUGUGAAGCAGAUGGAUCCUACUAUAAAGACAUUCAUGUCCUGAAUAUCGAGACCAUGACAUGGCAGAAAAGUGAGGUAAAGGGCGAGUCGCCGCUCUCCUGCACUGGUCAGACCUUCACAGCUCACCAUGACAAGGAUAUUUAUUUGUUUGGAGGGACGAUCCAAAGCCCAGAUGGAAAAAUUUCAUCGACCAAUGAAAUUCACAAGCUGAGCCUAGCAAAGAUGAAAUGGAAGGUGCCUCUGUAUGUGGGGAUUCCUCCAGCUCGACGUCACGGCCAUGCAGCCUUUAUUAUUCACAGUCACAUGUAUGUGUUUGGAGGCAGAAAUGAAGAACAGGAAUUCAAUGACUUGAAGAUAAUGAGAUUAAUCAAUCCAUCAGAGAGACAGCCCGUCAUGAAGGAGAUUCUGUCUGAAUUUGGGCUUCAGGGUGUCAGUAACAGCUUUGUGCCAACGAAGGUUCCCAACGUGAGGUAUGAGCUGAGUGAGACGCCGUUAACUGUGAGGAUCGAGAGAACAGAGCCAACACAGCCCACAGCUUAUCAAGAUUUCGCCGCAGUUCGAGGUGACGCAAUGACCCUGAUCCAUAAAGCUUUUGCAAUUUUAGAUGAGCAGUUCCAAAAAUUAGACAGAGGAAAGUCUGAUCUUUCAGAAGCAGUCGAAGCGCUGCGUUGUGAGAGGCAGGCCAUCGAUGAAUAUCACAAGAAACAGAGCCAGGAACUUCAGGAAAUGCUAGAGAGACACAGACUUCAGAAUGAGGCUUGGCUACGAGCACGGGCUGAAGAGAACGAUAAGGAGAGGAAGGAGCUGUGCAAACUCAGGGAGGAAGUGCUCCAUGAGCAGGAGAAGCUGAAAGAAGAGCAGUGCAACAUCCAAAAACGCAGCGAGCACCUCCUGUCCAUUAUGCAGCAGUUCAAAGGCAUGUGAAGACACUGUCUCUAUGGCAACCGGAAGGAGGGGAGA